CUGCACUUCCCGGCAGGCGGUGCGGCCCAAGGGGCGGAACUCCAUUUCCCAGCAGGCUCCAGGCGGCGGGCGCCGUGGUGCCUUGUGUGGGAUGUAAGCGCGGAGGCCGAGGCCCGCCGCCAUGGGGCUGAAGGCCGCCCAGAAGACGCUGUUCCCGCUGCGCUCCAUCGACGACGUGGUGCGGCUGUUCGCCGCUGAGUUGGGCCGAGAGGAACCGGACCUGGUGCUCCUGUCCUUGGUACUGGGCUUCGUGGAGCAUUUCCUUGCUGUCAACCGCGUCAUCCCCACCAAUGUGCCCGAGCUCACCUUCCAGCCCAGCCCCGCGCCCGACCCACCUGGCGGGCUUACCUACUUCCCUGUGGCUGACCUGUCCAUCAUCGCUGCGCUGUAUGCCCGCUUCACCGCCCAGAUCCGUGGCGCUGUCGACCUGUCUCUCUACCCGCGAGAGGGGGGUGUCUCCAGCCGAGAACUGGUGAAGAAGGUCUCCGAUGUCAUCUGGAACAGCCUCAGCCGCUCCUACUUCAAGGAUCGGGCCCACAUCCAAUCCCUCUUCAGCUUCAUCACAGGCACAAAACUGGACAGCUCUGGUGUGGCUUUUGCCGUGGUGGGGGCCUGCCAGGCUCUGGGUCUCCGCGAUGUCCACCUGGCCCUGUCCGAGGACCACGCCUGGGUAGUGUUUGGGCCCAACGGAGAACAGACAGCUGAGGUCACUUGGCAUGGCAAGGGCAACGAGGAUCGCAGGGGCCAGACGGUCAACGCGGGUGUGGCUGAGCGGAGCUGGCUGUACCUGAAAGGCUCGUACUUGCGCUGUGACCGCAAGAUGGAGGUGGCGUUCAUGGUGUGUGCCAUCAACCCUUCCAUCGACCUGCACACCGACUCCCUGGAGCUGCUGCAGCUCCAGCAGAAGUUGCUCUGGCUGCUCUAUGACCUGGGACAUCUGGAAAGGUACCCCAUGGCACUGGGGAACCUGGCGGAUCUGGAGGAACUGGAGCCCACCCCCGGCCGGCCAGACCCACUCACCCUCUACCACAAGGGCAUUGCCUCAGCCAAGACCUACUACCGGGAUGAGCACAUCUACCCCUACAUGUACCUGGCCGGCUACCACUGUCGCAACCGCAAUGUGCGCGAAGCCCUCCAGGCCUGGGCUGACACGGCCACUGUCAUCCAGGACUACAACUACUGCCGUGAGGACGAGGAGAUCUACAAGGAGUUCUUCGAAGUAGCCAAUGAUGUCAUCCCCAACUUGCUGAAGGAGGCAGCCAGCCUGCUGGAGGCCGGCGAGGAGCGGCCAGGGGAGCAGACCCAGGGUGCCCAGAGCCAGGGUUCUGCCCUGCAGGACCCGGAGUGCUUUGCCCACCUGCUGCGGUUCUAUGACGGCAUCUGCAAGUGGGAAGAGGGCAGCCCCACGCCGGUGCUGCACGUGGGCUGGGCCACCUUCCUUGUGCAGUCCCUAGGCCGGUUCGAGGGACAGGUACGGCAGAAGGUGCGCAUCGUGAGUCGGGAGGCCGAGGCGGCCGAGGCGGAGGAGCUUUGGGGCGAGGAAGCCCGUGAAGGACGCCGGCGAGGCCCGCGGCGUGAGUCCAAGCCUGAGGAGCCGCCGCCGCCUAAAAAGCCGGCGCUGGAUAAGGUCCCGGGCGGAGGCCAGGGGGCGAUGUCAGGACCUCCUCGGAAGCCCCCAGGGACGGUCCCCGGCACCGCCCGCGGCCCGGAAGGAGGCAGCACGGCUCCGGCGCCAGCGCCUGCGGCGUCGCCACCGCCCGAGGGCCCGGUGCUCACUUUCCAGAGCGAGAAGAUGAAGGGCAUGAAGGAGCUGCUGGUGGCCACCAAGAUCAACUCGAGCGCCAUCAAGCUGCAGCUCACGGCGCAGUCACAAGUGCAGAUGAAGAAGCAGAAGGUGUCUACACCUAGCGACUACACGCUUUCCUUCCUCAAGCGCCAGCGCAAGGGCCUCUGAACUACCUGCCGGCCCUUGCGGUGGGGGGACAAGGGCACUCGGUCCCGAUGGAGGGGCCACCCCCGUCACCCCCACCCGGCCCUCGAGCCCAAGCCACGCCCCCGGGCCAAGGGGGCCUGAGCCCC